UGCGAGCGCGCGGAACCAGAGCUCGUCAGCUCUCUGCCCUCUCUCACUUCAGUUCAGUCAGAGUCUGAAUAACAGAGGGGAGAAAGAAAACCUCAGGAUAAACCCCCUGUCUCUCAGUUUGGAGUUUGGAGCGACCGCAAACCCCGCCAGAGCCGCAAGCAGCGCGCACCGCAUCGCAUCACGCACUCAGUCCGGUGUGCAGAAGUGAGAGGAGGAAUCUACUGCACAAGAGCCUUAAGGACAAACUUUACAGUUAUCACACUUCUCUAUUAAGUUCAGUUCUAGACGGGCAUCGCUUUGUGAGGUUGUUUGUUUUGUUUUAUCUUUUAUUGUAAUGCGUUCGAGUUGAAGAUCUCGCGCUGCUGGAGGGGAUCAUCAAAAGUGAACUGACUUUUAUCAGGGAAGCAGAUUUAACAUCCAUCUGGGCCAAAUAAAGCAGAACAAGCAGAAUGAGGCGAGUGUUUGGCUGCUUCGCAGUGCUGUUCUUGACGUCGGUGCUGGGUGUGAUUGGGCAGAAGUUACCCACUCGUGAUGAAGGCCUGUUCCAGAUGCAGAUCCGGGAUAAGGCUCUGUUUCACGACUCGUCUGUAAUUCCCGAUGGAGCUGAGAUUAGUGGAUACCUUUUCAGGGACACGCCAAAGAGGUACUAUUUUGUGGUAGAGGAGGACAACACACCGCUGUCAGUGACGGUGACUCCAUGUGACGCUCCACUCGAGUGGAGGCUGACGCUGCAGGAGCUCCCGGAGGAAGCCAGCGGAGAGGCAUCAGGUGAGCCAGAGCCUCUGGAGCAGCAGAAGCAGCAGGUAACAGCCAGUGAAGGCACAGAGCUCUUCUCCUACAAAGGCAAUGAUGUGGAGUCAUUCGUCUCCAGCAGCUCACCCUCAGGCCUCUACCAACUGGAUAUUCUCUCCACUGAAAAGGACACCAGCUUGAAGAUUUAUGCCACCACCACACCAGAAUCAGAUCAGCCCUACCCAGAGCUGCCCUACGACCCCAGAGUGGACGUCACCAGCCUGGGCCGUACCACCGUCACGCUGGCCUGGAAACCCACCCCCACUGGCUCCCGAAUGGGCCAACCUGUGCAUUACUGCGUGGUUGUCAACAAAGAGCACAACUUCAAAAGCCUGUGUGCUGCUGAGGCCAAGAUGGGCACCGAUGACUCCUUCAUGGUAGCACCCAAGCCUGGGCUAGACUUCAGCCCAUUUGACUUUCCACGUUUUGGCUUUACUUCUCCAGAGAAUGACCUCACCAAGGACCGCCAUCGGUCUCUGAAUGCCAACCGAGUGCCAGCUUCCAAGCAGUGGCGUUCUCCAGGUACCAAUCCCAGGACCUCGGACAUCCGCAAGAUCUGCAUUGGCAACAAGAACAUAUUUACUGUGUCAGGGCUGAGGCCAGCCACACAAUAUUACUUUGACGUGUUUGCUGUCAACGUAGCCUCCAACGCUAGUACGGCCUAUGUCGGCACCUUUGCCCGUACCAAGGAUGAGGCUGAGCCCAAGACCGUAGAGUUGAAGGAUGGAAAGAUGGCUGACAUAUUUGUUGAGAGAAAGGGUAUCAAGCUGCUGCGAUUUGCUCCUGUUUCUUCCCACCGGCGUGUUUCCCUUUCUGUGCACUCCUGCCUGGAUGCUGUUCAUGUACAGGUUCGCCGCGAUGGUAAACUUGUGCUCUCACAGAAUGUGGAAGGAGUACGUGAAUUCCAGCUCCGCGCCAAGCCCAAGGCCAAGUACCUUAUCCGUGUACGCGGAUCUCGCAAAGGCGCUUCGGCUCUGAAGGUGUUAGCAAGCACGCGUGCCGAUGCCAAGCGACCCUUCCCUUCUCUCCCUGAGGAUACACGAAUCAAGGCCUUCGACAGACUACGCACAUGUGAAUCGGUCACUGUGGCCUGGCUCGGCACACAGGAGCGCAACAAGUAUUGCGUGUACCAGCGUGAGGUACCUGACGGAUACGGUGAGGAGCAGCGCCGCCGCCAACGCAACCAGUGUGCCGGACCUGAGACGCGUCGCAGGGAUGAGAAAGUGCUCUGCAAAUACUUCCACAGUGCUAACCCACACAAAGCUGUAACCACCGAAACCAUCACAGGCCUGGAGCCGGGCAAGAGCUACCUCCUUGAUGUCUACGCCAUCGGUCAUGGCGGACACUCGGUCAAGUACCAGAGCAAACUGGUGAAAACGAGGAAAUACUGCUAAAAUGAAAACAAAACAUAUACAAAAAAAAUCCCACAAAAUAGACUCUGCACAGAAUAAAUAUAUUAUAUAUAUAAUGAGAGGAAAAGUUUAUUUAACUGGAAGUGAUAUUCUACUAAGUUGUUCUUUUUUUGCUGACUGACUACUUGGUGAGAUACUGGGAGGAAUCGUUGGUCAUUCUGUUUUCCGUUGUGUUGUGAGAACUAUGUUAAACUCAUCUGCAUAUCGUUUGCGAUCGCAUCAACCCCUCCCGAUCCUCUCUCUCUCACUGAGUACUCACAUUUAGAAAGAGUUCUUAAGUUAUUUUAUACCUCUUCAUUUUUGUUUUGCUAUUUGAAUUGUUUAUUUUUUUUUUUGCUUGUUACUUGUUAUAAUUAUUCCUGCUAUGAAAAAAAAAACUAUGUUGUAAAAUUCCCUGACGAAGUCGGGCGGUUUGUCGAGGUGUUGUCCCCUCCCCCGCUGCCUUUGUCUGUAUAUUAUCUCAUUCUGUGAGUGAAUCGCUUUGGGAUUCUGUAAAUGUGCUCUUCUCUGUGUCCGCUCUGCCUGUCACAUGUACAGAGUGCUUCUGCCAAUAUUCAUGUACAUAAAACCCUAAAUAUAGAGGCCAGUAAUCCCC